AAGACCAAGACCUUGGUGUUGAUGUGAGAUCAAAUAGUUUUGUUUAGGGUAGGUUGAUCCUUUAUUCGGCUGUUUACUGGGCCAGACAAAAUGGGGAAAAAAGUGGGUUAGAUUGAACUUAUCAUACAUUCAUAAGUGGGGUGGUUGCAAUCAGUUUGUCGUCCGCCAUUAUUCUCGCAACCUCUCAACUUGCUGAUGGUCUCGCUAAACCACUUGGUGUCUCUCGCUUUCAACUUCUCUAGUCCAAGGUAUCCUCGUUGAUUGCUCCUUCGUCCCGCAGGGAGCGUGAUAAGGAUACGCCUCCCUCUGCCACCAACUCUUUCGUUCAUUCAUCUUGAUUCUCUCACAUUCAUGUACUUAAUCACUCGUUUUUCACUUAUAGUUUUUACAUUCGUGCAUUAACAUCUGUAUAAAACAAUAAAUAGAUUGUGAAUCCACCAAUAAGAGACAAGCAAUCAUUCUCCAAUUGUUUGUUUAGAAAGAUGAAGAAGUUAGGUAAAGAUUACAUACUCAUCGUCAAUCCAAUAUUUUAUUCGCGACACAUUCGACUCGUUUUAUCAUAACGAUGUUUUGUUAUCUCGACUCUAUACAUCAUCACUUUUAGAUACAACAAAACUUCCCAUCACAUGACGAGAUCUGAUUUAUCCUCGGUUCCUGAGCUUGUGGUCAACUUCGCCUCCUCCUAGUUACUUACUCUCUUCUUCGUCGUGUGUUUGUUUGUACGAUUUCCAUUUCUAUAUGGUUAAUUCCUCCAGAUGGAAUAUCUAUGAGGAAGACAAGGAAAGCCGCCAGCCAAACCUCUUCUUCCCUCAGCCACAUCUUAUAACAUCAUCACUAAUAGUACCCAUCCACAUUCCCACACUAAAUCCAAUACUCUCAACCAUUUCCUUUCAUCACCGCCGACAAAUGGCCCCCGCCGCCGCCGGCAACGAGGGAACCAAUAAAGACCACAUAGUCCUCAUCCCAUUCAUGGCCCAGGGCCACAUCAUCCCCUUCCUCGCCCUCGCCCUCCACCUCGAGCAGCGCCGGAACUGCGCCGUCACCCUCGUCAACACCCCUCUCAACAUCGCCAAGCUCCGCCGCUCAAUCCCGCCGUCCUCCUCCGUCCGCCUCCUCGAGAUCCCCUUCCGGAGCUCCGACCACGGCCUCCCUCCGGGGACCGAGAAUACGGACUCCUUGCCGUACGACCUCAUCCUCAAGUUCCUCAUCUCCUCCCUCCGCCUCGAACCCACCCUCUCCUCCCUCGUAGCCGACCUCGCCGCCGGCGAGGCCGGCUUCCCGCCGCCGAUCUGCAUCGUCACCGACAUGUUCUUCUCCUGGUGCGCCGACAUCUCCCACCGGUACGGGAUCUUCCACGCCGUGUUCAACGCCGGGGGAGGGUACGGAUUCGCCUGCUAUUACUCCCUCUGGCUCAACCUCCCGCACCGCCGGCAAAACUCUGUUUCCGACAGCGGCGAUGCAGGGGAAGAAAAAGACUCCGUUUUCGAGGAGUUUACCCUGCCAGAUUUCCCGGAAGCGUCGACGCUCCAUAUCACUCAGCUGCCCCCGUUCCUCCAAUCCGCCGAUGGAUCCGACCCGUUUUCGGUUUUCCAGCGGGUCGUCCUCUCGAAAUGGGCGAACGCCGACGCGAUUCUGGUCAACACGGUGGAGGGAUUCGACGGAUUGGGGCUGGAUUAUUUCCGGAGGAAGCUCGGGAAGCCGGUGUUUCCAAUCGGACCGGUUCUGCUAAAAAAUUCCCCAACCAAAACAGAUACCGGGAUGACGAAUUCGCCGGAGAUCUGUAAAAAUUGGCUCGAUUCGAAACCGGCGAGAUCCGUUCUAUUCGUCUCGUUCGGGUCCCAGAACACGAUUGCGGAAGCACAGAUGAAGGAGCUAGCAGUCGGAUUGGAAGCCAGCGGGACCAAUUUCAUCUGGGUAAUCCGUCCCCCGUUGGGAUUCGACAUCAAUUCGGAAUUCAGAGAUGAGGAUUGGCUGCCGGAGGGCUUCCCUGAGAGAAUCGAAGCGUCGGGGAAAGGAUUGUUGGUGAGGAGAUGGGCACCGCAAGUGGAGAUACUGAGUCACGAAUCCGUGGGCGGGUUUCUGAGUCACUGCGGGUGGAACUCGGUGCUGGAAUCGCUGAGCUGCGGGGUUCCGAUUCUCGGGUGGCCACUGGCGGCGGAGCAGUUCUACAAUUCGAAGGUUCUGGAGGAAGAGAUUGGGGUUUCUGUGGAGGUUGGGAGAGGGAAGGAAAUUGUGGUUAGGAGCGGGGAUUUGAAGGAUAAGAUUGAGAUGGUUAUGGUGGGUGGUGCAAAGGGGAAUGAGAUUAGGAGGAGGGCUAGUGAGAUUAGGGAGAUGAUUAAGGAUGCGGUUAACGAAGAUGGGGAGGGAAAGGGUUCGUCGGUGGAAGCCAUGGAUGAGUUCUUGAAUGCUGCAGUUGUGUUCAGAGGGAGGAAGAUUAAUGGCGGGAAAUCCGAGGCUUGAUUUAGUAAUUUUCUAGUGUGUUAGUCAAAUAAAGGAUAAGUUGGUUUCUGUGUAAUUUUGCUUCAUCAAUUUUAGACCGUUGCGUUGAUCCUUUGGAUUAAACGUUUUAUGCGAUUUUCUUAACCGUAUCUUAUUAGUGGGCCGGAGUUUCCCCAUCAUUUUCUCUCUGGCCCAACGUAAAUCUGUCGGAUAUGGAUCCAGCAACUCUUUUGGGCCUACAAGUUAUGGGCCGAGCUGCUAACCCAAAGCUGAUGCAUCUUCUUCAAGAAGCACUAGGAACUCCUACUCUCCAACUAAUCUUCUACCAUUCGAAUUGUAUCAAAGACUAGAAUAUGUCAAAAACAAGGAAAAUCACAAUCACUCUAUAACUUUUUUUUUAUACGAGGAGAAAUCUGUCUUGCGAUGAUGGUAAACUACGACAGUAUAAAUACUUGUCAAACUC